AUGACCAUUUAUUCCAGUCCACCACCAGCUCGAAGCUUCUACGACGAUAAACCUACACUUCUUGUUUGUUGGUGGUGCACGUUAUUUUCGGCCGUCAUUAUAUUGUUCAGAGUUUGCGGACGAUACAUUAGAACGGAGAAACUUUUUAAAGAGGAUUGGUUAGCUUUUGCUUGUUUGAUCCCAUUGUUUUGUCGCAUGGGCCUUGUUCACGUUAUUUUGUUAUUGGGUACCAACAAUGCGGUGAUUGUGGAUUUUGAUGAAAGAUCGUUGCAGAGAAGAGCGAUUGGGAGUCGAUUGGUUUUGGUAUCCAGAGUUUUUUAUGCGGCGACACUCUGGAUGCUUAAACUUACCAUUAGUGAAUUCUUCAAAAGGCUCACAAUAAAUAUUUGGACAAGGUCACACGAAAGGACUUUAAUCUUCAUCCGAUGGUUCCUCCUUGUCACAUUUAUCGCAGUCAUAAUAGCAGAUAUCUCCGAAUGUCAACCCAUCAAUCAUUAUUGGCAAGUCACACCAGAUCCAGGAGCAAAAUGUCGUCAGGGAUAUGCACAACUCCUUACUAUGGGGACCGUCAAUGUAUUGACUGAUCUUCUCCUCGUUUUAUUUCCCGUUCCUAUCAUUAUUGGUUCCAAAAUGAGGAUUAAGAGGAAAAUUCAGUUGGUGUUAUUAUUUGCAGGUUCGCUGAUUCCGGCAGGAAUAACACUUUACAGAAUUCCACAGAUUAUCGAUAGACAUGGUCUUCAACAAUAUCGAUCCUUGCUAGCAUCAGUCGAGAUUCUCUUCGCAACAACUGUCGCCAAUGCGCUUAUCCUAGGAUCUUUCGUCCGAGACCGAGGAGUUAAGAAACACAAAUUUAAAUUUGGUUCCUUAACUGACACACUCGAUCGGACUACUUCUCGCCGUGGAACCGUAGCUCGACAAUGGGGCAGCGAUGAAGAUCUCGUCCGAGAUCUAGGCCUAGGGGUAGAUCCCGAAUUGAGAGGGGAAGUUCAUUCACCCCCUCGUCCCGCGCCAAUGGCUGUAGCUGGGAACAUUCCAGUAAGGAGUCAUCGAUUUGGAUCAAAUAGUUCGAAUGAUUGGCGGUUUCCAAGUGAUACGAGUGAUGAGAUUGAUUUCGUCAAACCAGCUCCUUCAAGACAUGUUUCUGAAGAUUUAACAUCAAUGAUGUCACCACGUCGCGUAUCAUUUUUCGACGUCGGAGGAUUACUCGAUCAAGAAUCUCCGAGAAGAAUUAGUUCAACAAGAACAAUGGAUUCGGAAUACACAGGCGAAUCCAGUACGGCAGGCGAAGGUCCAGUAUCCACAACUUGGUCUUACGAAAACGGUUUAAGUCCCGCUCCUCCACGACGCGGUUCCGCGGCCCUUUUGCAAGACAUAGGAGGUUUAUUGGGACCCCGAACGAGAAUUCAAAGAGCGAGUAUGGGAUAUGAGCUGGAAACAAUUUUGCAGGAGAGAAAUAAUGGGCCUACUAGUCAUCCGUCGCUUACUCAUGCACAUUCGGUGCCCCCACCUAUCGAUCAUUUAGGGAGACAGCAGACUAAUCUGAGUUUGCAAGAUGUUGGGGGGCUUUUAGAAAGGUAA